AUGGGGACAGAAAAUGACACAGGAAUCUCAGAAUUCCUCCUUCUGGGAAUUUCAGAAGACCCAGAACUGCAGCCCCUCAUCUAUGGGCUUUUCCUCUUCAUAUACCUGGUCACUGUGCUGGGGAACCUGCUCAUCAUCCUGGCCACCAUCUCAGACUCCCACCUGCACACGCCCAUGUACUUCUUCCUCUCCAACCUGUCCUUUGUGGACAUCUGCUUCACCUCCACCACUGUCCCAAAGAUGCUAGUGAACAUCCAGACACAGAGCCAGGUCAUCGGAUAUAAAAGUUGCAUCACCCAAAUGAAUUUUUUCCUGCUCUUUUCAGUGGUAGACAUCUUUCUGCUGACCAUAAUGGCUUAUGACCGGUUUGUGGCCAUCUGUCACCCCCUGCACUACUUGGUCAUUAUGAAGCCUUGGAUAUGUGCGUUGCUGGUUCUGGUGUCCUGGAUUGUGAGCGGCUCACAUGCAUUGUUGCAAAGCCUAAUGGUGUUGCGACUGUCCUUCUGCACAGACUUGGAAAUCCCCCACUUUUUCUGUGAACUUAAUCAAGUGGUCCACGGUGCUUGCUCUGACACUUUUCUUAAUGACAUGGUGAUAUAUUUUGCAACUGUGCUACUGGCUGGUUGUCCCCUUGCUGGCCUUCUUUUCUCCUACUCCAAGAUAGUGUCCUCCAUCCGUGCAAUUUCAUCAGCUCAGGGCAGGUACAAAGCCUUCUCCACCUGUGCGUCUCACCUCUCUGUGGUCUCCUUAUUUUAUUGCACAAGCCUGGGUGUGUACCUCAGUUCUGCUGUGACCCAAAACUCACGCUCUACUGCAACAGCCUCUGUGAUGUACAGCGUGGUCACCCCCAUGCUGAACCCCUUCAUCUACAGUCUGAGGAAUAAGGACAUCAAGAGCGCUCUGAGGAGACUCUGUGAGAGAGAAACUAUGAAAGUGUCUGUUGUGCUGAGACUGAAGACGUGCCCAUGA